AUGCUUUUAAAUAUGAAUUUCUCUGAAGUGACAUAUUUUUAUCUAUCUGAUUACAAUGAAAUGGAGGGCUUUAAGCCAUUGUACUUCUGCAUCUUUUUGAUUAUAUACAUAACUAUUGUUGCUGAAAAUGUUGUGUUAAUAGGACUGGUCUAUUCUGAAAAAAACCUGCAUGAACCAAUGUAUUUUUUGCUGUGUAACUUGGCUGUGAAUGGCCUGUAUGGAAGCACUGCCUUACUGCCAGCCGUACUGAGCAACCUGCUGUCACACUCAUAUGAGAUAUCUUUACCAUUUUGUCAGACACAGAUCUAUGCCUUACACACGUAUGCCAUCACUGAAUUCACAAUUCUAGCAGCUAUGAGUUAUGACAGGUAUGUGGCCAUUUGCUAUCCACUGCUUUAUCAUUCAAUCAUGUCACAGAGAGUUGUUAAACUUAUUGCUUUUACGUGGCUAUACCCCAUGCUGGCAUUUGUCAUUGUUUUAAUUUUCACUCUUCGGCUGCGGUUUUGUGGGAGAACCAUAGAUAAGGUGUAUUGUAUGAAUUACUCGCUGGUGAAACUUGCCUGUACAGAUACAUCUCUUGUUAACAUAGUUGGCCUGCUAUCUGUAGUUCUAUAUACACUUCCACAGAUCAUCAUGAUCUGUUAUUCAUAUGCACACAUCCUGAGGAUAUGUGUACUGUCAUUCAGCAAAUCCAAGCUCAAAGCCCUUCGGACUUGCACCCCACACCUGAUUGCAAUAACAAACUACUCUAUCGGGUGCUUUUUUGAAAUAGCACAAAGUCGCUUCAACAUUAGUCACCUGCCUUACCAAAUCAAGUUGUUUUUAUCUCUGUACUGUUUGAUAUUCCCACCCAUUCUAAAUCCGUUGAUCUACGGUUUGAGUAUUCAAAUCAUAAGGACACGACUGUUUAGGCUUUUUCGCAGAAAAAGCGGGCAAGUAAAUAAUGUUGCCAAGAGGGCUGUUGUUAUGGUGCAUUCAAAGUGUGUUCUGCAUGGCGCUCGGAGGACUGAUGCCUCUGGAAACACAUGA